GGGCGAUACCAUGAGCUGGCUCCACACCUAGUACCCAUGGACUACACCAACGAGCCUGAUGUUACAAUACCCUUAGCUCUUAUAGUCAGCAUGCCGGAACUAAAUGAGAACCCGUUCAGGAACAGGAUCGUGGAGUCCUUCUCUGAGGACGGAGCGGGGAACCUGAGCUUCAACGACUUUGUGGAUAUGUUCUCUGUCCUCAGUGAGACAGCCCCCAGGGAGCUCAAGGCCAUAUACGCCUUCAAAAUAUACGAUUUCAACGUGGAUAACUUCCUGUGUAAGGAGGAUCUGGAGAAGACUUUGAACAAGCUGACGAGGGAGGAGUUGAGCCCUGAAGAGGUCACCCUGGUCUGUGAGAAGGCCAUCGAAGAGGCUGACCUAGAUGGAGAUAGCAAACUGUCCUUCGCUGACUUUGAAAACAUGAUCACCAGGGCUCCUGACUUUUUAAGGUAA